GGCGGCUCAAGAUGGCUGCUCCCAGGGCCUCCUGCCCGAGCCUGUGAGGGGGAGCGCCCGGGCAAGUUGUCAGGGCGGCGGGACUCGGCCGCUUCCAGCUGCUUAGGCUUAGACGCUCGCCUGUUCCGAGAGGUGUGUGAGGAGACGAGGUGAGCGAGAAGAACGGGAAGAGCCGGAGGGAAGGAGGAUAGUUAAGAUGGCGGCCUCCAUGGAGUCCGCCGCUGUGUGAAAAACCGCUGCUCCGUGAGAACUGGCUUAGACCAAAGGGGGUGUGUGAGAGCAACCCCCCCCUCCCGCUUCCCGCUUGAAGACUUUAUUCCACUGUGCUCUCUGACGGAAUUAUGGCUUCAGCCGUGUCGCCCGCUAACUUGCCAGCGGUGCUCCUGCAGCCUCGCUGGAAGCGAGUGGUGGGCUGGUCGGGUCCGGUGCCCCGUCCCCGCCACGGCCAUCGCGCCGUGGCCAUCAAGGAGCUUAUCGUGGUGUUCGGCGGCGGCAACGAGGGAAUCGUGGACGAACUGCACGUGUACAACACUGCUACCAACCAGUGGUUCAUUCCUGCAGUGAGGGGGGACAUUCCCCCUGGGUGUGCAGCCUAUGGCUUUGUGUGUGACGGGACCCGCCUACUGGUGUUUGGUGGAAUGGUGGAAUAUGGAAAAUACAGCAACGACCUCUAUGAGCUCCAGGCCAGUCGCUGGGAGUGGAAGAGACUCAAAGCAAAGACCCCCAAAAAUGGACCCCCUCCCUGUCCUCGGCUUGGCCACAGCUUCUCCCUUGUGGGCAAUAAGUGUUACCUGUUUGGAGGUCUGGCCAACGAUAGCGAGGACCCUAAGAACAACAUUCCAAGGUACCUGAAUGACCUGUACAUCCUGGAAUUACGGCCAGGCUCCGGUGUGGUGGCCUGGGACAUCCCCAUCACUUACGGGGUUCUGCCCCCACCACGAGAGUCCCAUACUGCUGUGGUCUACACUGAGAAAGACAGUAAGAAAUCCAAGCUGGUCAUCUAUGGAGGGAUGAGUGGCUGCAGGCUGGGGGACCUCUGGACCCUUGAUAUUGACACACUGACAUGGAACAAGCCCAGCCUCAGCGGCGUGGCACCGUUGCCUCGCAGUCUUCACUCAGCCACGACCAUUGGAAAUAAGAUGUACGUGUUCGGAGGCUGGGUGCCUCUCGUCAUGGAUGAUGUCAAAGUGGCCACACACGAGAAGGAAUGGAAGUGCACCAACACGCUGGCCUGUCUCAACCUGGACACCAUGGCCUGGGAGACCAUCCUAAUGGACACACUGGAGGACAAUAUCCCUCGGGCUCGAGCUGGGCACUGUGCCGUCGCCAUCAACACCCGCCUGUACAUCUGGAGCGGGCGGGACGGCUACCGGAAAGCCUGGAACAACCAGGUUUGCUGCAAGGAUCUCUGGUACUUGGAAACAGAAAAGCCGCCACCGCCCUCCCGGGUGCAGCUGGUGCGCGCCAACACCACUUCCCUGGAGGUCAGCUGGGGGGCCGUGGCCACAGCCGACAGUUACCUCCUGCAGCUCCAGAAGUAUGACAUUCCUGCCAGUGCUGCCACUGUCACCUCUUCUACCCCCAACCCGGUCCCGUCGGCGCCUGCCAAUCCUCCCAAGAGUCCUGCACCUGCAGCAGCGGCUCCGGCUGUGCAGCCCCUGACCCAGGUGGGCAUCACACUUCUGCCCCCAGCUGCCACCGCACCCCCGACCACCACCACGAUCCAGGUCUUGCCAACAGUGCCAGGCAGCUCCAUCUCGGUGCCCACUGCAACAAGGACACAAGGUAAAUGGGGGCUGGGGCACGGGGGAUGGGUGCCUGCCUGGGGAGCGGGGUCUGCCAGAACCUCAGUGGCAAUCUCAGCCCUGCCCACAGCAAAGAACCAGCCAGAAAGCACAGCCACCCUGCUGUGUCCCCCGGGCUCUGCUGACACCCGCUCCCUUCUCUCGCCAGGUGUCCCUGCUGUGCUCAAAGUCACCGGGCCUCAGGCUACCACAGGAACCCCCCUGGUCACUAUGCGCCCUGCCAGUCAGGCUGGGAAAGCUCCUGUCACUGUGACCUCCCUGCCUGCGGGGGUGCGAAUGGUCGUGCCCACACAGAGUGCCCAGGGCACGGUGAUUGGCAGCAACCCACAGAUGAGCGGAAUGGCAGCGCUGGCAGCCGCAGCAGCGGCCACCCAGAAGAUCCCGCCCUCCUCAGCACCCACCGUGCUUAGUGUGCCUGCCGGCACUACCAUCGUGAAAACUGUGGCUGUGACUCCCGGCACCACCACCCUGCCAGCCACGGUGAAGGUGGCCUCCUCACCCGUCAUGGUGAGCAACCCUGCCACCCGCAUGCUGAAGACUGCUGCCGCCCAGGUGGGGACAUCCGUGUCCUCGGCUGCCAACACGUCCACUCGACCUAUCAUCACUGUGCACAAAUCCGGGACAGUCACCGUGGCACAGCAAGCCCAGGUGGUGACCACUGUGGUGGGUGGCGUGACCAAGACCAUCACUUUGGUGAAGAGCCCCAUCUCGGUUCCCGGAGGCAGUGCUCUGAUCUCCAACCUCGGCAAAGUCAUGUCUGUUGUGCAGACCAAGCCCGUGCAGACAUCCGCCGUAACGGGCCAGGCCUCAACUGGCCCAGUGACACAGAUCAUCCAGACCAAAGGCCCCCUGCCAGCCGGGACCAUUCUGAAGCUGGUGACUUCAGCCGACGGCAAGCCCACCACCAUCAUCACCACCACACAGGCCAGUGGGGCAGGCAGUAAGCCGACCAUCCUGGGUAUCAGCAGCGUCUCGCCCAGCACCACCAAGCCCGGCACCACCACUAUCAUCAAGACCAUCCCCAUGUCGGCCAUCAUUACCCAGGCGGGCGCCACCGGUGUGACCAGCAGUCCGGGCAUCAAAUCCCCUAUCACCAUUAUCACCACCAAAGUUAUGACAUCAGGAACUGGAGCCCCGGCCAAGAUCAUCACGGCUGUCCCUAAGAUUGCCACUGGCCAUGGGCAGCAAGGAGUGACCCAGGUGGUGCUGAAGGGGGCCCCCGGACAGCCAGGCACCAUCCUUCGCACGGUGCCCAUGGGUGGCAUGCGCUUGGUCACUCCAGUUACCGUCUCUGCCGUCAAGCCUGCUGUCACCACAUUGGUUGUGAAGGGCACUACAGGCGUCACCACCUUGGGCACUGUGACAGGCACUGUCUCUACCAGCCUGGCUGGUGCUGGCGGUCAUAGCACCAACGCCUCACUGGCCACGCCUAUCACCACUUUGGGGACCAUCGCCACCCUCUCAAGCCAGGUGAUCAAUCCCACGGCCAUCACCGUCUCCGCUGCUCAGACUACGCUGACUGCCGCUGGUGGGCUCACCACACCAACCAUCACCAUGCAGCCUGUCUCCCAGCCCACCCAGGUGACACUGAUCACAGCGCCCAGCGGGGUCGAGGCCCAGCCAGUGCAUGACUUGCCCGUAUCUAUCCUGGCUUCACCUACCACUGAGCAGCCCACAGCUACUGUGACCAUUGCUGACUCGGGCCAGGGCGAUGUGCAGCCCGGUACUGUGACGCUGGUCUGCUCCAACCCACCCUGUGAGACUCAUGAGACGGGCACCACAAACACAGCCACCACUACUGUCGUGGCCAAUCUCGGAGGGCAUGUCCAGCCCCCCCAAGUCCAGUUCGUCUGCGAAAGGCAAGAGGCAGCGGCCUCGCUUGUGGCCUCCUCAGUGGGGCAGCAGAAUGGCAACGUGGUCCGCGUCUGCUCCAACCCACCCUGUGAGACCCACGAGACUGGCACCACCAGCACAGCCACGGUGGUCAGUGCCAACCUGUCAGGCCCCCCGCGGGCCGCACAGCCCACCGUCUGUUCCAACCCUCCCUGUGAGACCCACGAGACGGGCACCACCAGCACAGCCACCACCGCCACGUCCCGCAUGCCUGGGCAACCCGAGUGCUCUAGCCCACCCUGCGAAACCCACGAGACAACCACCACCGCCAUGACCACCAUGGGCUCCGCACAGCUGUUAGCUGCCCACCAGCAGGGCGAGGUCCCCACACCCUGUGCAGCAAGCACCCCAUGCCAGACCCGCCAGACCAGCUCGACCCGCACCACCAUGACUGUGCUGGCCCCUGGUGCGCCUUGCUCAGCCCCGCUGCCACCGUCCGGCCAUGGGCUGGAGACUGUCAGUGGCCCCGGCUUCGCCCAGUUGGCCCCUUUGAGUGGCAGAGCCGGGCCCAGCGCCGUCAGCUGCAAGGACAGCUCCCUAACAGGCCUGGGCCAACAGGUGCCCCUGGGUCGCCAGCUGGAGACGCAACACACCCACACCACCAACACCCCGACCACGGUCCGCUCUGCCAUGGGUACCGGGGAUCCUGGUGAGACCCAGGGCACCCCUAAGCCUGCAUGCGAGAGCCACCAGACCCAGUCAACAGGCACCAUCAUGACUGUGCCGCAGGUCUGCUCCAACCCGCCCUGCGAGACCCACGAGACAGGGACUACCAAUACCGCCACCACCUCAAAUGCAGGGGGUGCCCAGCGGGCCUGCUCCAACCCGCCCUGUGAGACCCACGAGACCGGCACCACGCACACGGCCACCACUGCCACCGCCACCAGUGGCUCGGGCCAGCCUGAUGGUGGGCAACUACAAACCACCACCAGCCGCCCCUGCGAGACACACCAGACCACCACCACUGGCACCACCAUGACUAUCAGCGUCGGCAGCCUGCACCCUGAUGACAGCUCUGCCCACCGGGCCUUGGAGGCUGGCUUGGAUUCGAUGGGGGCCCCAAGCCCUGGAGCUUCCCAGGCUGGCCCCACACUUCAGGCACCUUUUCCCACCCAGCGGGUCUGCUCCAACCCACCUUGUGAGACCCAUGAGACGGGCACCACGCACACGGCCACCACCGUCACCUCCAAUAUGAGCUCAAACCAAGACCCUCCACCAGCCGCCAGCGAUCAGGGCGAAGUGGAGAGCACCCAGGGUGACAGCGGGACCGUCGCCAGCUCUAGUGCCGUCACGACCACAGUGUCCUCCACGCUGACACGAGCAGUGACCACCGUGACGCAGUCCACACCGGUCCCGGGCCCCUCUGUGCCGAGGAUCUCAUCAAUGACUGAGACCACCCCUGGGGCUCUGGCCACCGAAGCCCCCAUCCCAGCCACGAUAACAGUGACCAUAGCCAACACCGAAACUUCUGACAUGCCCUUCUCUGCUGUUGACAUCCUGCAGCCCCCAGAGGAGCUCCAGGUCUCAACCGGGCCUCGCCAGCAGCUCCCCCCACGGCAACUUGGGGAGCCCGCCGACGCCCAGGCCACUGAGCUCCAGGCAGCCGUGGACUUGAGCAGUACAGGGGCCCCGCCUUCGGGCCAGGAGCCGGCCAGCCCUGCAGUGGUGGCCGCAGUGGUGGUCCAGCCGCCCCCGCCCCCGCAGCCUGAGGUAGACCAGUUGGCACUGCCCCAAGAGCUGAUGGCUGAGGCCCAGGCGGGCACCACCACCCUGAUGGUGACGGGGCUCACCCCUGAGGAGCUUGCAGUGACAGCUGCAGCUGAGGCAGCUGCCCAGGCAGCAGCCACUGAGGAAGCCCAGGCCCUGGCCAUCCAGGCGGUGCUGCAGGCUGCCCAGCAGGCCGUCAUGGCAGGUACUGGGGAGCCCAUGGAUACAGCCGAGGCGGCGGCCCCCGAGGGCCAGGAGGGCCCACCCACCGCCAUCCCUAUCGUGCUGACGCAACAAGAGCUGGCUGCGCUGGUGCAACAACAGCAGCUACAGGAGGCCCAGGCCCAGGCCCAGGCCCAGGCCCAGCACCACCUUCCAACUGAGGCCCUAGCCCCCGCCGACAGCCUCAAUGACCCUGCCAUCGAGAGCAACUGCCUCAAUGAGCUGACGGCUGCCGUGCCCAGCACCCCAGCCUUGCUGCCGCCAACAGCCACAGAGAGCCUGGCCCCAUCUAACACAUUCGUGGCCCCACAGCCGGUGGUGGUUGCCAGCCCGGCGAAGCUGCAGGCAGCAGCCACCCUGACCGAAGUAGCCAACGGCAUUGAAACCAUUGGGGUGAAGCCCGAUCUUCCUCCUCCGCCUAGCAAAGCCCCUGUGAAAAAGGAGAACCAGUGGUUUGACGUGGGAGUCAUUAAGGGCACCAAUGUAAUGGUGACACACUAUUUUCUGCCCCCUGAUGACGCUGUCCCUUCUGAAGAUGACUCCAGCGCGAUCCCUGACUACACCCAGCUGAAGAAGCAGGAGCUGCAGUCAGGCACAGCCUAUAAGUUCCGUGUAGCAGGGGUCAAUGCCUGCGGCCGGGGACCCUUCAGCGAGAUCUCAGCCUUCAAGACAUGCUUGCCCGGCUUCCCGGGGGCUCCUUGUGCCAUUAAGAUAAGCAAAAGCCCAGAUGGGGCUCACCUCACCUGGGAGCCACCCUCUGUGACUUCUGGGAAGAUUAUUGAGUACUCGGUGUACCUGGCCAUCCAGAGCACGCAGGCCGGUGGUGAGCCCAAGAGUGCAGCCCCAGCCCAGCUGGCCUUCAUGCGCGUCUACUGCGGGCCCAGCCCCUCUUGCCUCGUGCAGUCCUCCAGCCUCUCCAACGCCCACAUCGACCACACCACCAAACCGGCCAUCAUCUUCCGCAUCGCCGCCCGCAACGAGAAGGGCUAUGGCCCUGCCACUCAAGUCAGGUGGCUACAAGAAACCAGCAAAGACAGCUCUGGCGCCAAGCCAGCCAGCAAACGGCCCAUGUCCUCUCCGGAAAUAAAAUCCGCUCCAAAGAAAUCGAAGGCAGACGGGCAGUGAGUGGAGCGCGGCCGCCCGAGUCUUCUCCAGACCCCUCCGCUUCAGGAACACCGCCUGCCUGCCAGGGCCUCCUGGCCCACCCCACCCUGUUGGCGCUUCGUCCCCACUUGGCCACGUUCAGUUGUUUGCGUGCUCGUUCAGUUGUUCGUUCAUGCUCUGUCUCUCUGUUUUUAAGACAAGUUCUCUGGAAAGAAAGCACAUUUCACCACUGCCUGGGGGAGGUGGCUGGAGGCCAGGUGAGAGCGGUGGGCACGUGCAAGCAGCGCUCCUUCCUCCCUCUCCUUUCCCAGGCGUCACUCCCAGCCCCAGCCGCACCCCUCCUGCUGUUCCUGGAGGCCCACCCUACCUCUGGCUGGCCACCUGCUUCACUCUUGUCCCUCCCUCAGGCUUGCGCAGAGCUUAGACUUUAUCUUCGAGGCCUUGGUUCAUCCUCUCCCCUCUGGUAGAAAGGGAAGAGUAAGGCGGAGAGGGGCCAGCAGCCAGGCUGCGUGGCGCAGUGGGGCCAGCAGGUGGCCGCGGGGCAGGGGUGACAUCACCAACUGCUGCAUCUGUUGUAUUUUUUUUUUAUUUGACAUUGAAGUUAAGGUUUUUAUUGUAAUUUUUAGCCUUAGUGUGUGGGGUUUUUGUCUUUUUGUUGUUAGCUGUGUACAGAACUCCCCCUCCCCCCCUUGGCUAAGCAUCAUCUUGGCAGUGAUCUUUCAGGAGUGGGGGUGUCUUCAGGGCCAGUUAGGUUUCUUAGAGAAAAUAAGCCUGGGCCUGCCCAGAACAGACACAGAAGGCAACCCUGAGUAACUGCCUCCCCAACAGCCUUGUAGUCAGAAGAGGAAGUGGGGUGAAGGGGGGGCCAGGAAAGAGGUGUGGUAUGGCCCUCUCGUAAGGUUGGGGCAGAGCUGUGGGCCCCAGGGGAGUGGUCUAGGAGUCAGCUUCCGCCCCACCUCCAGUCCUGGCCAAAGAGCAAGACUCCAGCAGGUUCCAUGGAUGAAUGGAAAUCUCAGCCUCUACAACCCUGAAAGGCCAGGCCCUGCCUCCCCCACCUCUGCCAGCGCAUCUGGAGCCCAGGGCAUUGUAUUAUAGUACAUCUUUCUGUGGGAAAUGUCACUGCUUGGUCACCUUGGGCGCAUGGCGCCCACCCCCACUGUUCUCCUGCCCCUGUGCUCGAGCACCCUGGAUUCUUGUCUCUGCCAGUCGUACACCUGUCCCAUCUAUUGUAGAGGAAGCCCCGGACUCCAUAGUACCAUAGUGCGAUGUCGUUUUGUGCUAUUUUGAACAAUUAAAAGGCGUUUUUUGAAA